UUUUCGGUGAAUUUGUGGAUACUUUUUCCACUGAGAACAGUGAAGGUGAAGCACAGUUGCUGUUGUACUAUAAGGAAAUAAACGUGAGGAGGGUGUCAGCAACAAUGGACACCGGUGGAAGUGACUCCUACGAUUCUCAAGAUGUUGACAUGCUUCAAAAUAAAGGACAGGAAUCAAAGACAGCAAGGCGUUCUCGUCUCCUAAAACAGCUUGGAUUCGCGAUCAUAGCAUCGCUUGGCCAAUUUUCACUGGGCUCAUCUCUCAACUGGCCUUCCCCAGCCCUCUCUGAUCUAGCACUGAACAACCUCACAUGGGUUGGCACCGAACUCGUUCUCACUCCGGCCCAAAUGGAAAUGACAGGCAGCCUGAAUGCAGUGGGAUGCCUCCUUGGGUCAUGGACUAGUGGAGCGAUGGUUACACGGCUGGGGCGGCGAAGGUGUUUGCAAAUUGUAGUGGUUCCUUUUCUAAUAGGGUUCGUGGCCCUCGCUCUUGCUCCCAACUCCCAUGUCCUGCUUGUUGCCAGAUUGCUGCCGGGAUUUGGAGGCGGAUUCUCUAAUGUGGCAGCAUCUGUCUACAUAGCGGAAAUCGUGGAUACAAAGGUGCGAGGUGUCAUGGGCAUCUUUCCCAGUCUGGCCUUAAUGUUUGGGGGUCUCUUCACCGUGUGUGUUGGGGCCAUAGUUCGCUGGUAUCACAUGACCAUGGUAUGUGCAAUUUCUCCUUGUAUUUUACUGAUCGGCACCUUCUUUUUACCCGAUUCUCCAUCAUUCUUGGUGGUACGCGGCAGAAAACUUGAAGCAGUGACAGUAUUGAGAAAGCUACGAGGCCUUCAUGCUAAUGUGCGAUCGGAAAUAGAAAUAAUAGAAAUGAAGAAUUCUUCCCAUGUGGAUGGCUGGCAGAAACUUCUGAACUGGUACAUUGGUAAACGUGUCGCCAUUGUGAUAAUGACUUUCGCUUUCCAGAAUUUCUGUGGUAACUAUUUAUUUACUGUUCAAACGGCCCGUGUCCUAAGGAAGACCGGGGCUUCCAUGGACGAGGACAGCGGCACCAUCAUUGUGACAGCAGCAAGGAUCAUUGGGAUGCUGGUGUCAAUAUGUUUCGUAGAUCGGAUGGGCCGACGAGCAGUUUUGAUUGCAUCGCAUGCCAUCUCCUCAGUCUUCUUGAUAAUCCUCGGGGUAUAUGUUUACCUGGUUGCUGAGGCGCCACCUGAAGACACCACUUUUUCCAAGCUGACUUGGGUGCCACUGGCAUGUGUCAUAAUGAUUAUGUUUGGCAUUAAUCUCGGGGCCCAACUAGUGCCAUUCCUUCUUGCAUCAGAGUACUUCCCCACCAGUGUUCGGGGUCAGAGCUUCACUGUAUGCUAUGCGUCAGGGAUGGUAUUUUCUUUCGUGGUGCUUCAAUUUUACUUCUCAGCGAUGGACGUAUUCACCCAGGCUGGUCUUUACUGGUUCUGUGCUGCAGUCUGUUUCGUCGCUGUGGUCUUUACUCUUAUAUUUGUUAAGGAAACCAAAGGCGAGAAUAUUGGCUAAGUCAAGAAAUGGAGCAAAGGUAACAGAACCAAGAGUCAGUACCUUCGCUUUACAAAACUUUAUCGCUCCACCUAUUAUUGCAGCCUUUCUAAAACGCGAAGUCCUGCCUGCCUACAUAACGUGUAUUAUAUUAACAUCAUAGGCGUUUUUCUUUAACGGAACUGGUUCUUUUUCAUUUUUUUUUAAGUUUGCGUCUAAUCUUUCUCUCUUGUGACUCCUAGAUCCAACCAUUAAUCUCUGAGCUCAUGUUAUUUAAUACCGGCAAGAAAAUCUGAAAUUUAUCACCGAACUAAUAAAUAAAUUUUGAUUUGUGUCGGAAGGCAGUUUGUGACUCAAAAUAAUCCCUGUAAUUUCAUACCUAAUCUAUUAUUUCAACUUUUUUCCAAGUAUGAUUAUGGGAUGGUGAUAAAGUAGUGUGCUCAACUUUUUUUCUUUAGGCUCAUUGUGUUUACUUAUUCUAUUUUAUGUAUUUAUUCAUUAAUUGCUUAAUAUCAUUAUAUUUCUAAUGACGGAUCCCUUUCAUUGCAGUGGUCGCCACUCUGCAGUAGCUAUAACUCGUUAAAAUUUAUUGAACAGUUAUUAGAAAUAAAGCUCAAUACGCAGUGUUCGACGGAAAACGAUCUAGAAAGUAA